CGUUGUCGGAAUUUUCAAAAGCGCGAAGAAUUCAUAGGAUAAUGGGAGAGGAGCGUGAAUUGAAGUUUUUGGAAAAUGAUAAAUUGAAAUUAACUAUCGGGUCGUUGGCAACGAUUAAAAGAGACCUUUUGAAAAAUAGGUGGAACUACUUUUGUCACUUGUCUCAGAGAAAAAAAUUGCGGGAGACUAAUCGAGAAAAAUGUUUAACGAGAUUGAAAUGGAAGUAUAUUGAACUUGAACGUGUGCCAACUGACAGUCCGGUUUUGGAAAAAAUUAUAAGAACUCGACGAGAGAGACGGGAGUCAAAAUUGGCACGCAAAAAAAGGAUGAUUGAAAUUAUUGAGAAAAUAAUUAAGGAGGAAUUCAGAGUUAAAAAGAAACUGGAAUCUAAACAGAAAACUGAAAAUUUUCAAAAUUCUCGACAGAGAAAUCGAAAGAAACCCACGAAAUUUUGA